CAUAGAGACGAAGAGGCGGCGGCGGCCGGAGCGCCCCCAGGCUCUCUCGGCUCCGCAGGCUCAGGUAGACUUGGAGGCUACGGGGCAGCGGCUGCAGAGGCCGGGCUGGCGGGGCGAGCGCGGGCCGCGGAGCCGACCUCAGGGGUGAGCCGUUUGGUGUAAAAGACUUGACUCCAUAUCUGCAUCUGCCCCCAUGCUGUCAUCCGGCGUAGAGACCCAGCCCGUUCCACUUGAUUCCUCCAUGUCUGCCGAGGUGCAGGAAUUAUACUCUGAACUCCCAGUGAGUGUCUCCAAAGAGCUUCAUGCUGACCCUGAGCCAAGUGCGAUUCCAGAUGUAAAACCUGGAGCCUCAAGCUCUCGUAUAAGUCAGAGUAGGGCAGUGCCCUUGGAGCUGCAGAGGACUCCUGUGGAAAGUUGUCGCGAAGAAACCCCUGAGACCUUGGACCAUGGGGGUGAGCCUGGGCGGUGUGGGCUGGUGGACCCCACAGCAGAAGGUUCUGUGGCUUCUGGGAUCUUGGAUAGGGAAGUGAAAGCCAAGAGCAUGGAGCAAAAGGUCUUCAGAGAUGGAGGGGACCAGGCGGAGAUUGUAAGAGACCCCUGUGAGGGAGCAAAGGAAGACACACGUCAAUAUUCCACAGCUGCUGAAGAGAAGCUCUGCCCCAGCCAGGAGGACCUCCUGAUGCAGGCAAGCAAAGAACAUCUAUGCAUGGACCUCCGUGAAGAUGGUCUGAGGAACAAAGGAAAUGUACAAAUUACAGCUGAAACUCUGCUAAAAUCUACUGAGGAAGUACAAGGUAUGAAGGUCAGUGGGACUAAGACGGAUAAUAAUGAAGGACACGAGAAUGGCCAUGUGAGUAAAGGUCUCUCGGCUGGGUGCAGCGGAUACCCAGAAAUAGACAAAAUCAUGAGCAGUGGUGAGGUUUCAGAGACUAGCACGUUAGUUUCCCUAGAGCCUUUAAACUCUGUGGACCCUGGAUUAAUAGAAGCAACUAAAGAAAAAGAAUGUGAAGAACUAAAAACCUGUCCUCCUUGGUUGUCAUUAUUACCAGGGAAGAGUGCCAUUUCCAAAGUGGACAAUGGAAAGGAAGAGUUGUGUACAUUAAACCUUGUCUGUGAAGCAGAUGACAAUCGCCAGCAGGUUCCUGGCCACCAUAGUGAGAGACACAGUUCUGCACAUGGUAGUCCCAAAGCCAUGAGAAAGGUGGUUAUUGUAGAACCCUUAGAAGAAAAUUCGGAAGUUUCACAUAUCACAUCAUGUUUGUCUGGUCCAGAAUUCAGAACAACAUCCUCAAAAAAGUGUGGUUUUGAUGGUGAUAGCUUGCCAAAGGGAUCUGCUAAAAAGACAGACAAUUCCUGUUUUGAUGGGGACGAUCAAAGCAAGAACUUGGCUUCUAGAGAAGAAAAUGAACAGCCUUUGAACCCCAGGAGUGAAAGAGAGGAACUCUUUCUUGUUAAUGCCAGGCAAGCAGAAGAGGAUGCUAGUGGUCACUAUUCUGGAAAAAAAGAGGCUCUCGACUUCUCCAAAGAAAAUAUCCACGAUCACUACUGCCCUCAAGGCAGUAUCCAUACAGACUGCUCUAGUUCUUUAAUGCCCAAUUCUUUUACUAAAGCCACGGAAAUAAUGUUUAAAAAAAAUGAUUUAAAAAUCACUUUAGACAUUCAGGAUAACUUGGCAAACCAUGAGGACCGUAGAGGAACUUUUGCUAAUAUAAGCCAUCCAGGCACACCCUCUGAAGAGAACCAUUUUUCCUCCUCAAUGCAGAUUGAGGAGCCAGAACAGACAACCACUAUAGAGCCCGGUAUGUUAAGUGAAAAGAUUUACAGUAAAGACUCUAACUCCUUAGUCAGCACCCAGAGAAAUCUGGAAGACAGCACCCAGUUAAAUGAAGCAUCACAUGACGGAUUUCUGAUUGAAAGAAAAUCCCCUGUGAGUUUAACGCCAGAGGACCAGAUAAGUUCUAUAAAUGAGGUGUUGAAACCCAAGAAAGACAUUGCUCCGUUACUGCCAGCCCUAGAAUUUGAUGACAGACCUGAGUCAGAAAUAGAUGUACAGAACUCCCAGGACGACGGUCCCCAUUUAGAUAAACAGAGCGCUGCAUGGGAGGUGAAUGAACUUCCUUAUGCCAAUGAACUACUUGUAAACAAAAUAGGAAGUGAAUGUGUUUUAAAUCAAGUGUUCCUUAAUUGUCAAAACCAUGCGAAGUUGCCAACUGACAAAGAGAUGCCUGUAGCAGCGAGCGAGGGCUCCCAAUGGAGCCAGCACCCUCCGUCAGAGGAUGGAGCAGAUGUCACUGCUGGUACCCAGACUGUUCCUGUAAAGACAAAAAUGAAAGACAUCUCUCCACCAGGUGACAAAACCUGUGGUGCCUCUUCAAACAAUCCCACCUUAAACAGCAAAUCAGAAAGCCUAGAAAGAAAAACUGAAACAGCUGAUUCAGGAGCAGAAGGUCUGCAUUCCAGACUUCUCUCAAAUCAGAAAGAAGACGCAGGCUUGCCUCAAGAGGUCUCUGCUGUGGAAUGUCAAAGCAUUCAAUCUCGGGAUCUCUCUAGCUGCCCUUGUGUAAGAAAAAACGUCCCAGAGGAGAGCGCGUGUUCUGCCCAUGCUGCCCUGGAGCCCAGCGAAACCAUCCUGGGAGUUGAGAACUGUCUGAUAACCAAGUAUGAAAAUGCAUUUCAGCACAGUGAUCACCGCCCCCAAGGGAGAGAAGCCUCCGUGGAAAGUUGUAUCCAUAAAGUGAGUUGUACAUCGGCGGAAAGUGAGCCAGGUGGGGGAGAAACUGAAGGCAGCCUUCCAGGAGGUAAGAUCAGAAACGAAAUGAUGGCAGGCAUGUUAAAUAGUGAAGCUCCAAACAGGACCAUCCACACCACCUGUCACAUCCAUCCCAGCGAGGAAGGGCUAGAAGAAAAAGAACAGGACACACCCAAAGAGACUGUGUUUUGCAAACAUAACAUCUGUGAUUGUGCCGCACAGGAAUUAGACCAACCUGCAAACAUUCCAAGUCCUGAAAAAUUGUUGGACCAGUUUCCUACUGUUACGUUCUCCGGUGUUAGAAACAUGAACCAAGCAGCUGAAACUCCUGAGCAGAAGGCAGAUGAAGCCCUCAGCUGCCAGAGCAACCCAAACAGAUCCGAUGAACGCAGGAGUGAAGAUAACCCAGCUAAGGAGACACUAGGCAGCGACCAGAGAGAGAUGGUCGCAGAGCCUAAUGGAGAGGUGAGCCACAGCCUGAAGGAUCUGCCAGUCGGUUCAGGCCAUAACAGCUCAUCGUCUGGUGGAAGCCUGAAGAAAGGGGCCUUUGAAAGGAUUUCUGGUUGUGAGGAGCCCAUAGACGGUAUGGCAGACAUGAUCUCCACAGGCUAUAGUGAUAAGGGCACAGAAGGCGUUGUGGACAUAAGGGCGUCUAGUACUCUUGAUGGGCGUGCAAGGCAGGAUGGGCCAGUGUUACAGGAAACCUCAAGGAGUGUGCUGUCACAGAGGGGAGAGCCUAUUGCUGCAUUUAUGGGAAGGAUCGACCAGGAUUCAGAUUCCCAAGAUGCUACUUCCUCGACAGCAGACUUUCUCGAAAUUAAAAAAUCCUAUGAAGAGAAAGUAUGCAGAUUGUUAAAAGACUGUGAAAUGGAAGUGUGUCCAGACUCUUGUGCCCCUGAGACAGGGUCUGUGGCAGAUCAUAAACCAAAUGUAAGAGUAUUGGAUAGAAUAAAUGUGUCUUUAAAUUAUAUUCAUCUUGAACAGCAAGCUAAAGAAGCAUCUCUGAGAGAAACACAAGGAAUGAUUGAAGGAUCAAGACUAGAAAUAAAUUCUGAGCACGACAAGGGAAAUGCCAUUGGAAUUUCCUCAGAAGAACUGACAUCUUCUGGACACCAAGAGGAGAACUCUGUUCCCCCGGGAAGGCUGAAACCCACUGAGAUAACUCCUUUGCAUCCGUUGUCUCAAGAAAAAUCAGAAACAAUUAUGAAUAGUGAGGAAACUGACCCGAAAAACCUUUUUAAACCAAAAGAUGGUGAAAUGCCCUGUGAGAAUGUAAAGGACUGCAUGGUCCUGCCUGAGAUGAAAGGAAGAGCACCAAGGGAUAAGAGUAAUCCUAGCGAAGAAAGCAGCACAGCCCUCAUUGCGGAAAGUUUGCCUUUGACAAUGGAAACAGAAACCGAAGUGAAAAGAGAAGAAACUGCAGAACACCAGAGGGGACCACGGGGUCAGUUUCCUGCUGUGGAGGAGUCCGAAGAGAUGACUGUCAGAGAAGGUGUUCAUGGUGAUAACAUGAGCCGGGUGUCUCAGACCCAUCUUAAACCCCCGAGGAUGCCGCGUGAUGCUGAGGACCAACAGAGCCAGAAGGCUUUGGACUACAAGGAAGAGGAACAGAUGCAUCAAAAAGAAGCACAUGCAGCUUUGGAACGAUGCACAUCAUCUAAUAUGUUGUCAGAUGAGGUGCAAAGUAAGAGCCAACCUAAGGAUCGCAAAGCUGAGCCCACCGUGGUGAAAGAAAUCACCCUAGCAAAGCCAGCCACAGGCGACACUGCUGCAGGGUUUCAGAAGCUGAAAGACCCAAAGGAGGAAAGCUUGUGUCGCCCAUCAAAAAAGGAUAUUGAGUCAUGCGCAGGCCCUUGCCUCCAUGAUGCCCCCCGGAAAGCACAAGACCCCAACUCCGCUGGGCGUGAUGAACUACACGGUGCCUUUGGGAACACUUCACAUCAGAAAGGAGUGCUUCCCUUAAAGAAGCAGCCCCACCGAAUGUGUAAGAAAGUUUCCUGCCAGGAGCUAGUCAACACGGGGAGGAAAAUAAGUAAAAUCAGAAGUUCUGCCUUUUUAAAGAGCUCCUCUGAAACCAUCCCCACAAACGCACACAGAUUUCUCAGUUCACAUGCUGUGUCUGCACCCACGCAACCGGAACCUGAAACAGCCCCUGCCAGGAGCCUUGUUAGCCACGUACCAAAGCAGAAGGCCACUCCAGGCCAGCCCUCGGGUAGCCUGAAUGUUCGGAAGCCUACCAAAGAAUCAGCCUUACUCAGCAAGCUGUCCAUCCUUGCCUCCAGACUGGCCCCGGCCACAAAGACCCAGAAGCUACGAUAUCGGCGGUGUUCCUCUGACCUUCUUCCAGUGGCUAAAAGCUACAAGCGGCUCAGAUACAAAAGGCUCCUGGAUGGGUUUUCCUACAGCACAAUGCAGCUGAAUCCAUGGUUGGCACGUAGUAAUUGGGACAGGAGGCCUAACAGUAAACCCUUGACGCUUUAUUCACUCGAAGCCAUCAAAAUGAGCUUCAUAGAUUUGAGCGACAAGAUGCCAUCCCUGUUGUUUGGUUCCGAAGUCUUCCCAGUAUCCUUUCACGUGAAGUCAGGCUCCGAGUGCGGGACCGAGUCCCCAAGGACUUUUCCCGAGCACUGUGCACCCGCGAGGCUUGCCUUAGGAGAGGCCCGCCGGUGCCCGUCUUCACCUCCUAAGUGGACCUUCUCUUUCUUCUUGGCCCACGACUGCCCUGGGGUGGCCACGUUCAGGGAAGACCCUGGCCUCUAUUGUCAAGCAGGCGCCCAGCCUCCACUGCAGCCUCCAGUUCCUCUCCAAGACCAUGGAGCCACCGCCAUAGUCCAGACCAGAGCCGGCUGCUCCGUCCUUGGCCUUCACACACUCCUAGCACUUUGUUCCCCGGGAUGUUACCGAAUCUGGACGAAAAAACGGAGCUGCUCCAGCCACAUGCCCACCAUGCAGAGGCUCUUCCUGACCCAGUUUACCCAGGGUCUGAAAGGGUUACGGUCUCCCACCUCCAUAGCAGACAAGGUCUUCUGUUCUCUGCCCUACUCGGUGGGCCGAGUACUGUCCAUUUGGAGCCAGCACGGGCCUUCUGCCUGCCCCUUCGAAAUCUCUGCUCUUCAUUCCUCUCACAGCAAGCGGCAGCCACGUCUGGGCACCAUGAGCAGCCACACUGCGUUACCGUCUGUGCCUCUUCCGGGCCUGGAAGCUGCUUACAGCACCAGCGGCAGUCAUGUGAGGCUAGAGCCUCCAUUCCCUGCCUUGGUACCAAAGUCUCGCUUGGUAACAGACUCAGCUGUCAGCAAGCUCCUGCUUUCAGCCUCCGAGUUCCCGGUUCCUGGAUUUGAUGAGCUGGAUGGUGUGACAGCCCCAUGCCCCCGACCACAGAGCAGCCCCCCAGAACAGAAAGAGACUGAGCCGGAGAAGAGGCCGAAGAAGGUCUCACAGAUUCGCAUCCGGAAAACCAUUCCUAAGCCGGACCCUAACCUUACCCCCAUGGGCCUUCCUCGACCCAAAAGGUUAAAGAAAAAGGAGUUUAGUUUAGAAGAAAUAUAUACCAACAAGAAUUAUAAAUCUCCUCCUGCAAACAGGUGUUUAGAGACCAUCUUUGAGGAACCUAAGGAACGGAAUGGUACGCUCAUCUCAAUCAGCCAACAGAAGAGGAAGCGAGUUCUGGAGUUUCAGGAUUUCACAGUCCCACGGAAGAGGAGGGCUCGCGAAACUGAUGGAACUGGAGACCUUCUUUGCCAAGGAAGAGGAGGAGCAGGAGCGGUCGUCCGGUUGUUGAGAAGCGAUUCAGGUGGGGGGGUCUCAACUUUAGACUUUCCCGGCCUCCUUGGAAGAGGUUGCCUAAUUUUGCCCUACCGCCCAAACCACUCAAAAUGCAGACUAUGGAUUUUUACCUAUUUCAAGGUGCAGCCUUUUUAGGAACUGGUGAAAGAGGGUCCUCUAACUUGUACUGCUGAGUAUAGAACCUCAGGAACGCUCCCUUUCUCCUGGAAAUGGUCCUGAAUGAUGUCGGCCUCCUCCCCACACUGUCUGCCAUCCACGGAGGAGGACACCACAUACCUUCAGUAACACUAGGUUUCCAAGGACUCACAGCAUUUGCACGUCCAUGUGAAAGUUCCGCAUCGUUUACGGUGGUGCUAGACCAAGAUUAUUUAGACACGUGGCCUAGGGAGGGGGACCUGGCGUCCUGUCCCGUGUGGUCUCACCGGCUCAUUUCAGUAGUUGAGGAAAGAUGAGCUGCUGUGUUUUCUAAUCCUUUGAGCCCAUCUGUCCAGAACCAGGUGUGUGUGUGUGUGUGUGUGUGUGUGUGUGUGGCUUUUCCCCAUCAUUUUCUCCCCUCUGUGACUGUGGGUCACUAGUGCCAGAGGAGCCCGUCCAGGCCCCAUUUGAAGUAAGUUGCACUUUUUAAUGUGGUGGUGUUGAUUAUUUUCAUUUGUUUUAUUUCCCUUUUUUUUUUAAUUAUUGCUGCAUGUUUGGAGCCUUUAAAUGUGAUUUUAAAGCAGUUUUUUAAGACAUCAAGGAGAAAGACAGUACACGUCUUCAGAACACACGACAGGCAUUUGACCUGGUUUGUCGGUGCGUAAUGUGAGGCAGCCGAGGGCCGUUUUCCCGUUGACGUGUUCAAGCAGCCCCUUCCCUGCCUCCAGCUCCUAGUGCGACUCAUUUCUCAUCUGGGUUCUCAUUCUUGCUUAAGUAGUGGUAUUUAUUUUAAUGACAGAAGUUAAGAGCAGGUCUCUCCCCCAGUCAUUUAAAAAGUUGGAAGCUUGGGUGUGGUCUUAGUGGGUUUCAUCUGAAGUGGUGGUCCAUGACAAAGGCAUCCACGACGGCUCAGGUGGUGAUGAAGCCGACCCAGAGCGUUCGCAGCUGCCAGAGCAGCCCGCUCCAGAGUGGGGAGGAGGACAGGCUGGGGUCACGAAGUUCCAUGGCCAGCCCUCUUGGAGGGCAGCUCACUGUACUCUGGGCUCCUGCGUCAGACCUACUGGAAGUUUGGUAGAAUGCCAGACAGAGAUCUCUGGGUUUCUCCGUUUGUGCCUGCGGCAGCCUGUGGUCAGAGGACCAGAAGCGUGCCGUGUGAGGCCACAAGCCCGGAGGUUUCAUUCCUUUCCCACUUAAGGCCUGUGUGCCCUUGCCUUGCUUCCCCUCCUCCCCUUCCCUUGUGUUUUAUCUUUUCUCUCUCUCUCUCUCUCUCUCUCUCUCUCUCAAAACAAGAGUGCAGAGAAUUAACAUUCCUUGGCUGGUGAGUGGGAUGCUAAGCCCAGCCUCAGGACACUGGUCACCUCUCCCAUCCUCCCAGGAGCCACUGCCGUGGAGCAGCGCCAAUGGGAACUGUCAAAGCUCCAGAGACAUUUUCGAGUCAGUCUGUGAGAGGAGUGAGUGGUGCCCUCCUGGAUCAUGUCUCCUGGGUCCCUUUGGUUUCCCCGUCUGUCAUGGGAUGGGAGGAUGGGGUGGGGGUGGGGGUUUCUAUGUGCCUUUCCUUUGCAGGUUGACAGUCUGUGCCACACUGGAGCAGAAAAACUGACAGUGCGAGAAAAACGAAGUGCCACAUCUGUCUUGUAGGCCCACUGCCUCAGACAGAGCAUUUAGUAAGUGAAAUACACACCUGGUGAUCCACGGAGGCUUCUAAGGCCACAGCCACGGAGCAUUAGAGGGGAGCCCGGCUUCCGCACCAGCUCUGAACAAUGCAAACCAGAUGCUGCCAUUGUGCAUUCGCUUUGCCCAGACUGUGUAGACACAACCUGUGUUUCCCCUCAAUACCUCUCCCUUCCUGGGACAGGGUCCUUAGACACAAAUGCUUCUCUCUGUCUUUUUGCUUAAGGGAGUGGGAUGAGUUUGUGCCCUUGUACAAACGUUUUUAGGAAGCUCCUGCUGGACAGCUUGCAAACUCCCAGCAAAUCUACAGAGCCCUGUUUGCCAGCUCCAUUGCCAGUGUAGACAGGUGUGCAACGUGGCAAGCGUGGCAGACUGAAGUUGACGUGGGUGCAGCUGUGGCAUCACCAACAUUACGGGGAUACAAUUUCAAGUUUGCCCGUUGCAGGAGUGGCACUUGUCAGGGCCAGGAGCAAUAAUUUGGAACAUUGGCAUUUGGAAUGGGGGCUUGGAGGAAGUGGAGACCUGGGUUCCUUCCUUGUCCUGGGAACAUAGGAAAAAGCUCCGCUGAGGCCAACCCUCUCCUUGUGAUUCUUGGCUUGCAUCUGGCCAAGGCCCUUCCUCAUUCCAAAGUUAAGAAGGGGCCCCCACUGCAAACUUGAAAUUGCUUACCUGAAGUUGCCACAUCGGGUUCUAGCCGUGCUCAGCCACACCUGUCUUAACAUCCAUUUUUACCAUUGGCCUAGCCAGCUGCAGUCUGUGGUCCUCGGAGCCAGCCACCUGCCCGUAGCUACAGGAGGUCUGGUUCUGGGGUGGGAGUUGGUACAGUUUCUGAGUAUGGGGACUUACCACCCAAAGACACUUAGUGUUUUUAAUAUGGGAAAGAGAGGAGAAAUCUCAGGUCCAGUCAGGGUUCUGCACGUCAGCUUUUCACUGAAACUUUAAACUAUAGUGUUUUCCAUCUGUCAGUUUAUAGCUAUAUUUGCCCCCCCCCCACCUUCCCCCUCCUCUUUUCUUUUGGUUUCCUUUCCAGCUACAUUUCUCUAUUAAUUUAAAUGUACCUCAUCACCUGUUCAAGCAGAUCAUGUCCACUUUUUUUUACUGACCGUAUUCUAAGAGCUACAGCUGAGGGAGGUACAGUGGAGAGACAUACAGCGUUUGCCUUACUCGGAGCCUGAAGAGCUCAGAAACUCAUGCUGUGAAUCCUGAAACAGUGCUCCUCCAAGAGCUGUGAAAAUCAUGACACUUUGUCACAAUUUUGCCUGAAAGGGUCUUUUGCAUGAGUGCCAGAGACAACCUGAGGUAGAUUCCAGAUCCCACCCUCUGGGCAUGAUCCUCCCCCUGUGGCUGGUUCCCUGUCUGCCAGGCUAAGGGCUGCACAGAGUGCAGGACUGGGGCCGCCGGUCCAAGGCUUGGUGCGGCCUGAUGGAACGCAGAGCCAGUGCUCCGUCUCCAGGCUGGGAUUUCAUCUCAUAAUCAAUGUACAUCAAGAUGCGCGGAAGACCAACUUUUAGAUGGUGGUACUUUUCUCCCAUUCCCUGGGGGCGGAGUAUGCAGUUGGUGCUUUCUUUAAUUCCCUUGUGUUUUGUUUCUGUAAGCUUCCCCCACCCCAGUAUCAUGGAAAGGACCUCUGAAACACCACAUCAUGGGUGGCUGUAUCCAAAGUCUUUAAGUAGCUGGCCAGAGGUGCGGAGUAUCCUUUCCCGGAUUCAUGCGAGGGAAGGGCUCCUUGCCACGACUGAACUUCCUGUAUAAAAAGCUGGCCGGGAAGAAGGCUUAAUUUACUGAAAUCAAAGUUUAGUACUAUCAUCUAAUCACAAAUUGAGCAGCAAAGGCUAUUUAUUUUUAUUGUGAAGUGAGGGUUCCCGCAUAGCCUGCCAUCUAGCACAGCACUCUCUCAGAUUGGAUGCUUGUUCAUUGUGUGUCUCCACGAGCCCCUCUCUGGUGCUGAAUCGGAUUUUAAUUCUUGGCAGGAGGCCUCAGCAUCUCCUUGGGCUGGUCUAGGCCAGUAAAUAGCUGCCUGAAGUGUUUGUAUAUUAUCAUGGUCAAUAGUUCAGUGAAAUUUGUACAUUUUUGGUAACAUUGGCAUACAUGAUGCCCCUGCAGUUCCUUUUCUGUUUGGUAGUUUGUGACUCUAAAAUUCCCACUGUUAUGUGUGUUAAUUUAUGAAAAUAAAAAGGAAUUUUUUUUUGAAAAC